AAUUUAUCGCUGUAUCGAUAUUCUCUAGCAUUUGUCUUGGACUCUGUUUCGUGUUUCGGUCUAAAGCACAUUUUCAUUUUCAUUUUUCUCAUUAAUAAAUAGAAAUUGCAAACAAAUAGAGCGAAUUUAGCAGUCGCAACAAUUUGUUUGCCGUGCAAACGUAAUAACUUAUAAAAAAAAAAAACAGUUAAGUUAAAACAUUGUUACAAAAGUGUUUUAAAAAAGGGCAUCAAAAGUUGCAAGCAUCUCCAAUCGCCAACUAAUAAUCAUCAACGUUCGAGAUUCUAGAAUGUCUGACAACAAUAUCAUCCCAGGAGGCGGCAACAGCAGCAGCAAUAACAACACCGGCGCCAGCCAUAUCGGUUUUAAAGAUGCAAGCAGUAGCGCCAUAACGGAGGAGCUACUUAAGAAAUGGCGUGAGAAUUUUUAUAGCGAACCGAAGAAUCUGCUGGCGCAGAAUGUCUGCUCCCGGGUAGAUCCCUUCGAUGUGUGCCUGUCCCGCAAGGCACUGGAGACGACCAAUCAUGUGUUCAACUACAAGGUGGAAACGGAGGGCAAACCGAUUACCAAUCAACGCAGCUCGGGACGCUGCUGGCUGUUUGCAGCACUCAAUUGCAUACGCCUGCCCUUCAUGAAAAACUACAAUCUGGAUGAAUUUGAGUUCUCUCAAGCGUUCCUCUUUUACUGGGACAAAAUCGAGCGAUGCAACUAUUUUCUCAACAAUAUCGUGAAAACGGCACAACGCGGCGAGAAGGUUGAUGGCCGAUUGGUAUCGUUUUUGCUGCUCGAUCCCACCUCUGAUGGCGGACAGUGGGAUAUGCUGGUCAAUCUAAUAAUCAAACACGGUCUAAUGCCAAAGAAAUGUUUUCCAGAGAGCUUUAGCUGCGAGUCCAGCAUACGUCUAAAUGCCAUACUGAAGAGCAAGCUGCGCGAAUAUGCGCGCCACUUGCGAGUGUUGUUGGAACGACAGCCAAGUGAGCAGGAAAUUGCCAGCAAGAUACAGGAACAAAUGGCCGAGAUUUACAAAGUGGUUGGCAUUUGCUUGGGCAUUCCAGCCGAAACUUUCACCUGGGAGUACUAUGACAAAUCAAAGAACUAUCAGUCAAUUGGGCCAAUCAGUUCUCUAGAGUUCUACGAGCGUUAUGUAAAACCGCAUUUCAAUGUCGAGGACAAGGUGUGCCUCGUUACCGAUCCGCGUCCUACUAGCAGCUACGAUCAAGCCUACACGGUCGACUGUUUAGGUAAUGUAGUCGGCGGUCGACCUGUCCUAUACAACAAUCAGUCCGUCGAACUAUUGCUGGCCAUGGUCACAAAAUCGUUGAAAGCGGGUGAGGCUGUCUGGUUUGGCUGUGAGGUUAGCAAGCGUUUCGCCUCCAAGCAAGGCAUUGAGGAUGUUGAUGUCCACGAUUUCAAGCUGGUCUUCGACAUCGAUAUACAAACAACAUUCUCCAAAGCGGAUCGUCUUAUCUAUGGUGAAUCAGCUAUGACGCAUGCCAUGGUCUUUACUGCCGUCUCUGUAGAUAAAAACGGCGUUGCGCAUAAGCUGCGUGUAGAGAACUCCUGGGGUGAAGAUCGUGGUGAAAAGGGCUAUCUGGUCAUGUGCGCCGAUUGGUUUAGGGAGUUCGGCUUCGAGGUGGUUGUCGAUAAGAAGUAUGUGCCCGAGGAUGUGAUGCGUGUCUUUGACAUGGAUCCUAUUGUACUGCCUGCCUGGGAUCCCAUGGGCACGCUGGCACAGUAAAUGGCUUUCAGCCAAAUGGAAAAGCUUUACAAUAACAACAAUAACAAUAACAACAAGUUAGCACUACAAGCAAUAAUCCGCAAA